CCUUUUCAUUUUUUGAAGUAUCAAGAAUGACGUUCGAAAAGGUCGUCGUUAUUGACGCUCGGGGUCACCUGUGUGGUCGCCUGGCCUCUGUUGUCGCCAAGGAGCUUCUUUCUGGUCAGAAAGUUGUUGUUGUGCGUGCCGAAGGUCUGGAGCUAUCUGGUUCCAUGAUCCGUAACAAGAUGACAUUCGCCAGAUACAAAAAGAAGCGUAUGAAUUCCAACCCCGCUCGUGGUCCCUAUCAUCAGCGUGCCCCUGCUCGUAUGUUUCACCGCAUGUUGCGAGGUAUGAUUCCUCACAAGACGAAGCGUGGAGAGGCAGCCAUGGAGCGCGUGAAGAUCUUCGAGGGUGUUCCCCAGCCUUACGACAAGAUGAAGCGUAUGGUCGUCCCUGAUGCCCUUCGUGUACUUCGUCUUGCUCCCCGUCGUAAGUACAUUGUGCUUGGUGAUCUCGCUAGCCAGUUUGGCUGGAAGUGUGCUGACAUUGUCAACACUCUUGAAGAUAAGCGAAGAGAAAAGGCCGAGGUUUACUUCGCAGAUAAGAAGAAGACUAUCGCUAACAGAGCCCAAGCUAUCAAGAACAAGGAGUCAGAACUCGCGAGUGUAAACGAAUCGCUAGCGCAGUACGGUUUCUAAUCAUUGUGUAACUAUAAAUCUCUGAUCACUUGAGCAAUUACAGUCCCUUGUUUACGUCUACUGUCUAAUUUGUGCUAGUAACGUACUGCUUUGAUGUAUUACCUCAUCUGAGGACUGGAAUAUACUGCUUCGUUCGCCAUACCUUUGGAAAGUUCGCUAUUAAAAAAAGCUUAUGAUUGUUUUCCUAUUGUAGAUUAUACUGAUAUUGUUGUGGCUGAACAAUACUACGACUGUACGAACCACAAUUUAAAAUAUCUAUUCAUAUUUGCUUGAUCAAGUAUACAUAAUAUUUUGCGUGGAUGGGAUGGUAGCGAUUACUAUCAUCACAGUGCGUAAAAUAGCAAUUAGAAACACAGCGGUGUGCACUUUCUGACAAUUGUUACUGGGCUGAAAAUUCUUCGGCCUUCGCUUUACGGGUCAUGUUACUUAUGUACGAGUCUACUGUUUAAAAU